AGUACUUUUGAAUGGAUCUAUAUAAAGGGCAAUCAAUUUCAUUUCAAAUCAGUCAUCAACAUGAAGACUAUCAUCCUGUUUGCGUGCCUAGCUGCGUUGGCUACGGCCAACUUCACCAACUACAAGGUGUACCGGGUCACUCCAUCCAAUGCCCACCAAUUAAACUUGGUCAAAGGCUUGGAAAGCAUGAAAGGUUUCGACUUCUGGUCAAAAGCCCGUCAGGUCAACUCAGACAUUGACAUCAUGGUCUCCCCGAAAGUGGAAGGUCAAUUUACUUACAUCCUAAAACACAACUCCAUCGACUACAGCCUUCUGAUCCAAAACGUCGAAUCUGUUGUCCAACGUGAACAAUUGACAAAACUGAUGUCUCCCGCCGUCCCAAAAGGAAAAAUCAACUUUGAGCAGUACCACAGCUACGAAACCAUUGUUGAUUACCUACUUCAAUUAGAAUCAGACCAUCGUGAUAUCGUCGAGGUCCGCAGCAUUGGUGGAACUUAUGAAGACCGUGAAAUGGUUAUGAUUAAGAUCUCCACUGGAGGAUCAAACAAACCCGCUAUCCUUAUUGAUGCAACCAUCCAUGCACGUGAAUGGAUCGCACCUGCAACUGUCUUAUACUUCAUCCAUGAACUGGUUGAGAACGAGGACAAUCGUCAUAUGAUCGAAAACGUUGACUGGUACAUCAUCCCAGUGUUGAACCCUGAUGGUUAUGAAUUCACUCACUCCUCUACUUCCAACCGCUUCUGGCGUAAGACCACCACCAAGGGUGAAAUUUGUGAUGGAGUUGACGCCAACCGUAACUUUGACUUCCACUGGAUGGAAACCGGUGCCAGUAGCAAUGAAUGCUCUGAAACCUAUGCUGGUCCCGAAGGUUUCUCUGAAUCUGAGACCCGUAACCUCAAAAAACUUGUUGAGUCCCUGGGAUCCCAAACUAAGUUGUAUUUGACUUUCCAUAGUUAUGGUCAGUAUCUAUUGUACCCAUGGGGUUACACUUCUGAUCUUCCUGAAGAUUGGAAGACUUUGGAUGACUUGGCCCAUGAUGUUGCUGAUGCUAUCUAUGCUGUUGACCGUACUGAUUACACCAUUGGUUCUUCUACUAAUGUUUUGUACGCUGCUGCUGGUGGUAGUGAUGAUUGGGUUAAGGCUGUAGGUGGAGUUGCUCUUUCAUACACUAUUGAAUUACCUGGAGGUGGAUCAUGGGGUUUUGAUCCUCCAGCGAGUGCCAUCAAAGGUGUGGCUACUGAAACCUUCGAAGGUCUUAAGGUUUAUCAUGCUUACGUUGAAAAGAAUUUCUAAAUUUUUAUUCUAAAUUUGUAAAUUUGGUAAAAUAAAUUAAAAUGUUGCAAAUA